AUACAAACUCCAGAAAGGGAGUGGUCUGUCUUAUUCAUGGAUGCUUCCCUGGUACUCAGAAGGCACUUAAUAGAUAUUUGGUGAAUUUAUUUCGAAGCUACAUUUUGCGUCCCGUAAGGCAACUGCUGUUUGGUUACGAGCCUUAAUAAGCUUCCCAGCUUCUCAGGGGCAAGAAACCUAAGGCCUAGGUCAUGGGGCUAAACCCGCAUUUAAAAACUAUCGAGGCUCAACUUCCCAUCUGGCCCCUACAGGUGUAGAGGACAAAGAGGUCGAACAGCCGGCGUACGUUAGUUUCCUGGGUCGGCGUAGGGUCGGCAACUUCCCCCGCUGCAGCACGGCUGCUCUGAGAAUGUGUGGCUUUGAACAUCCCCUCGGCACAGCUGAUCUGCGCCGCCGGCCAGGGCGCGCGACGCGAACCCGCCCUUCCCGCAGCUUCAGUGCCCUCACUUAGGUGGUCAGUCCGUGCCUAAACAUCGUUCUUUUCGGGCCGGGAACGUCCUUGCCCCAGGACCGAGGCGCCGAGGCAGCAUGCCCUUGGCGCCCCGGCGUUCUGCAGGGAGCCGAGCGGACGGCAGCGCCGGGCCGCGAACAGGCGGCGCACCGAACACCCGCGCGAGGCCCCGCGGCGCGUCAGGGAAGCGCGCCGGCGCCCUCGGCGCCCAGACGCAAGCUCCCGCCACACGCACGCGCAGUGCACGCAGCAUGAGGGUCGCGGCCUUGAUCAGUGGUGGGAAGGACAGCUGUUAUAAUAUGAUGCAGUGCAUUGCUGCUGGCCAUCAGAUCGUUGCUUUAGCAAAUCUGAGACCAGAUGAAAACCGAGAGAAGUCUGAUGAGCUGGAUAGCUAUAUGUAUCAGACAGUGGGUCAUCAAGCCAUUGACUUGUAUGCAGAAGCAAUGGCUCUUCCACUCUACCGCAGAACCAUCAGAGGAAGGAGCUUGGAUACAGGAUGGGAAUACACCAAAUGUGAAGGGGAUGAGGUUGAAGAUCUCUAUGAGCUUUUGAAACUUGUGAAGGGCAUCACUAGAGUGACCUUGCUUGCUGAAUAUGAUGCUCUGAAUCUCCAAGAUUUUCACAUGUAUUUGGAAAUGGGCAGCCAGGCGAUUGUUUACAGGACUCCAAAUGAACUGUGCACUCACAGCAAGUUUGAUAAACACACAUUUCCUCCUUUUAUCAGAGAGAUUGUAGAAUGUGAAGUAUGGGUUUCCAGUUUUACUUAUUCCCCUCAACCUUUUUCCUGUUUAAAAACUUAGACAUACUAAUUGGAUGCUGAUCUGUCCCUGUUUUUCAUUUUGCUUACUGAUAGGUGACGGCUUAUCCCAAGACUUACCUUAGCAAGAUUUGGCAAACCUUCAAAAAUAAACUUUUAUGUAUUCAACUUAAAAGAGAUUCAUCCCAAGAAAUGUAAUGUGAGCACUAAUUAACAGUAAUGACUGCUAAUCACUUUGCUUUUUAUACUCUUUUAGGAGCACUGCGAUUAUCCAAUGUAGUUAAGUAAAAUGCUUGUAUAAGAAUCAGCAAUGCUGCAUCCUUUUAGCAGCUAUUGCUCACAAUUAAGCUUUGCAUAAAUUAGAGUUAACUAAAAUUGACUUUAAUAUGUUAUGCUUCUGUGAUAGUAAACUGAAAUAUCCAGUUAAAAUCUUGAAUAUUAAAAAGACAUUACCUAAGGGUUUUUUUUUAAUGUAGUCAUUCUUGUGGUAGAUGAAAAACAGUAUUUCAUAUAAAUUUUCUCACAGUUCAUGACACUUUCCCUUAGAUUUCUUUGAAACUGCUUGUGCCUCUUUAUAGUCACAGCAACACUUUGAUUCUGUUGUAAGCAUUUAUUUUAUCAGAUCAAUGAGAAUAGAUAAGCUUAUUUAAUUUUUCUGAUUUUGUAUAUUGAUUUCUAGGACAUUUUACAGAUUUUUUUUGUAUUAUUUAAUCCACUUAUAUACACUUGGUUCAUAGUUUGUGCAUUCAGCUUUCAUUAAAAAGGGUUGUUUUAUUACAUUUAGUGUACUAUUAGAGUAUUAUAAAAGCUGUUUAUUUAGAUAUUCAACAUACCUACAAACUGCCUUGCCUCAGCAGGUGACUAGGUAAAACUCACAUAUUAAUAAUUUAAGGGAUCAAUGUUCAAGUAGCAUUUUGGUUAAUAAGUUAAAACCUAGAGUUAGUACUAGUGACUUUAACAGUGCUUUACUUUUGACUUUUAUUGGCUGAAAGUAACUUGUUAAAUUGGAGCCUUUAUAAUAAAGUGAAAUCUACAUACCAUCUAAAGCCCUUUUCCCGUUUUGAUUUAUGAGGAGGUUGACAUUUUAUUGAAGAAUUUUUAACACUUUCGCAGUUGUGUACUUGGAUUUCAGAGAGAGUGCUAAUCUUUCUGAAAGUUUGAGAAUGACACAAUGGGUUGUAUACUGUUUUUCUAGGUAACUUGAGAUUUUAUAUAAGUAACCUCAGUUUUAUGAUGGUGCCUCUAUUAGUGUUGAUCUGUUUACCAUGUGAUGUUUUGGUAUGAUUUGACGUUGUGUUAUUGGGGUGUCUAACUUUUGCAUUAAACAUAUUAUGUCCAGUUUGUUGGGCCAUAAUUUUGCAAUUCUUAUAGCUAAUGUAUGUUUUUCUAAAGAGGUUCAGCAAUUCAAGACAUUAUUUUUAAAUUACUCAAAAGAAAUAAUUUUUACCUUUGGCAUUUGUAUUAUUUAUAGUCUAAAAAUUAAAGUUUCUUGUGAAUAAACAAGGGGAAAAAUUAAGUGGCAAUAUAAAAAUUUUUAUAUUGUAUAUACUAUAUGUUGUGUACAUUAUAAAUGUAAGUAUUAAUAAAAAUGUUUGGCACUGUAGUUAAUUGUAUUUAGUUUUAAAAAAUAUAGUAGGAAUGAUGU